CUGAGAUUCUCAGUCUGAGAACCAAUCUUCAAACUGUUUAAUUUGAUAAGUUAUCUCCAAUUAUUUCAUUGGCCAUUAUAAUUGUUGCAAUUGUAUUGUAUUUAUUUAAGUAGAAGUUACAACUGACGCAUUGUCAUAGUUCUUAAUCAUCAAUAAUCCAUCUAUUGUCUAUUCAUCAAUUUCUAUAUUAUUUUAAUUAUUCAUAGAAUUUAAUACAAUUUAAAGAAAGUUUAACAGAUUAAUGAUCCCCUUUGGUGCAUUUCGUAUAGGGAAGAUGUUCCUAUUUAUGUUCAACGUUUUUAUCCUUUUUGCGGAAUUUUUUAUGCUGAUUGGUCAAAUUUACGCAAUUGUAUUUGAAAUGUGUAAACAACUAAUAUUCCCUGUUAAAAGGAAAUCGGUUCAAGGAAAAAAAGUUUUGAUCACUGGAGCUGGUGGUUGUAUCGGCAGGGAAUUAGCUAUCAAAUUUAGUAGACUAGGAGCAACAAUAAUUGUUUUGGACAGAAACAAGCACAAAGGUGAAGAAACAGUUGCCCAGGUCAGGCAAAGGGGUGGUAUUGCUUUCUUUUUUGAAGUUGAUGUCAGUAAUUACGCUUGGGUUGGAGAUGCUUUAGAUAAAGUAUAUCAAACUGUUGGCCCUGUUGAUAUUGCGAUUAAUAAUGCUGGUAUACUUAACGCCCGACCAAUCACGAGAUUAUCUGAGGAAAUGGUUGCUGAAACAAUCAAAGUUAAUCUUUUGGGUCAAAUGUGGGUAACAAAGCAAAUCUUACCUCGAAUGGUCGCAGAGAAACAAGGGCAUAUUGUUGCUAUAGCAUCUAACAGUGCAAUUUUCGGGAAAACAUUUUUAACCGAUUACUCGUCAUCAAAAGCCGGUGUCAUUGGUUUUAUGAGCGCUUUGGAGGAAGAAUUACGUUAUGAGAAGAAAGACUACAUUAAAUUAACCACAAUCUGUCCGGCAGCAAUCGACACUGGUUUAUCUGCAGCUGUCGAAACUCGUUUUCCACGUCUUCUACCUAUUCUUAAUGUCCAGAAAGCCGCUGAUAUCAUGAUUGAAAAUAUCCUGAGAGAAGAGCCUUUCGUUAUCAUGCCUCUUGGCUACAAAAUACUCUAUUACAUUCUAAGAAAUCUUCCUUACAAAAUUGAAAUAUUGGUUCGUGAUUUUAUUGGUAACACCGUCGAAGCAAAACCUUGCGAUUGAUUGAUUGUUCCCCAAAGAUGAACCCGCACUAAUUACAAACUCAAAAAUAUUCCCCAAUUUAUAUUCCUUAAAUUUCUGUUAUAUGUACAAAUUUUUAUUUUAUCUCAUAAGUAGAGGUCAUUGCAUGAAAAACUUCCAAUUCUCUUAUCUCGAUGGUGAUUAGUAAAAAUUGGUAAACAUGAAAAGUCCAACCAAGGGUAAAGGUUAAGAUUUCCAUUGAACAUUUCCAUCUUAAUUUUUUAAUCACAAUUGAAACAAUAUAAUUGUAAGUUCUUUCACGCAAUACUCUUUACUAAGAAAUCGAUUGAAAUUUUAUUAUUGAAAGAAACUUUCUGAAAUGUUAAUCAAAUUUUUA